AUGGAUUUGAAAUCUGUUUUGGAAAUUCUAAGGAAAGAAAGGUUGUUUGCUAACCUCAAAAAGUGCACCUUUUGCACGGAUAAGCUUGUAUUUCUUGGUUUUGUUGUUAGUAAGAGAGGAAUUGAGGUGGAUGAGGAAAAUGUGAAGGCAAUCCAUGAGUGGCCAAUGCCUACAACAAUCAGCCAAGUGAGGAGUUUCCAUGGCUUAGCUAGCUUCUAUAGACGAUUUGUGCGUGAUUUUAGUAGCUUAGCCGCCCCUCUCACUGAAGUCAUCAAGAAAAAUGUGCCGUUUAAGUGGGGGAAAGAACAAGAAGAGGCAUUUAGUCUGAUCAAAGAAAAUUUAACUAAUGCACCUUUGCUUGUUUACCUAACUUUGCUAAAACUUUUGAAAUUGAGUGUGAUGCUUCAGGAAUAG